GGAGCUUCCUCCGCGGGACCCCCAGGCCCGAGGGCCAGGCUGCUGAUCCAUCAGGCACGGUGUAAACAAUAUCCAGCUGGUGGCUACAGUUCCGCCUCUGGUUUUGCUGCCAUGCAUCCUGGGCGAACUACUGGUAAAGGGCCCUCCGCUUACACUCAGAUUGACCAGCAACCUCCACGGCUUCUCAUUGUGCACAUUGCUCUACCGUCCUGGGGUGACAUCUGCGCCAACCUCUGUGAGGCUCUGCAGAACUUCUUUUCUCUAGCCUGCAGCUUGAUGGGCCCCAGCCGCAUGUCCCUGUUCAGUUUGUACAUGGUACAAGAUCAGCAUGAGUGCAUCCUCCCUUUUGUGCAAGUGAAAGGGAACUUUCCUAGGUUGCAGACCUGCAUUUCAGAGCUCCGCAUGUUACAGAGAGAAGGCUGUUUCAGAUCACAAGGCGCUUCUCUGCGGCUGGCAGUAGAAGAUGGGCUCCAGCAAUUCAAACAAUACAGCACACAUGUGACCACAAGGGCAGCUCUGACCUAUACCUCCCUGGAGAUUACUAUUCUGACUUCUCAGCCUGGAAAAGAGGUGGUCAAACAAUUGGAGGAAGGAUUGAAAGAUACAGACCUAGCCAGAGUCAGGAGGCUUCAGGUCGUUGAGGUCACAAAGGGAAUCCUAGAGCAUGUGGACUCAGUGUCUCCUGUUGAGGAUCCCAGCAAUGAUGAGAGUUCUAUUCUGGGAACUGACAUUGACCUUCAGACUAUAGACAAUGAUAUUGUCAGCAUGGAGAUUUUCUUCAAAGCCUGGCUACAUAACAGUGGAACAGACCAAGAACAAAUCCAUCUUCUUCUUUCUUCACAGUGUUUCAGCAACAUUUCCAGACCCAGAGAUAAUCCAAUGUGUCUGAAAUGUGAUCUCCAAGAGCGACUGCUCAGCCCAUCCCUACUCCCUGGCACAGCUGACGGCUCCUUGAGAAUGGAUGACCCCAAAGGAGACUUCAUCACACUCUAUCAGAUGGCUUCCCAGUCAUCGACCUCUCAUUACGAGCUCCAAGUGAUCAAGGCUUUAAAGUCUAGCGGGCUCUGUGAGUCAUUGACAUAUGGAGUCCCGUUCAUCCUCAGACCUACAAGCUGUUGGCAGCUGGACUGGGAUGAGCUGGAGACAAAUCAGCAACAUUUCCAUGCUUUGUGUCACAGCCUGCUGAAAAGAGAAUGGCUGCUAUUAGCCAAGGGGGAACCACUGGGCCCAGGACACAGCCAGAGAAUUCCUGCCAGCACCUUCUAUGUGAUCAUGCCAUCACGCUCCCUCACACUGCUGGUGAAGGCGGUGGCCACACGGGAACUGAUGCUUCCCAGCACCUUCCCCCUGCUACCUGAGGACCCACGUGAUGACAGUCUGAAGAAUAUGGAGAGCAUGCUGGAUAGCCUGGAGCUGGAGCCCACCUACAACCCGUUGCAGGUUCAGAGCCACCUGUACUCACACCUAAGCAACAUCUAUGCCAAGCCUCAGGGGCGGCUCCACCCACACUGGGAGAGCCGAGCCCCGAGAAAGCAUCCCUGCAAGACUGGGCAGUUGCAGACCAACCGAGCUCGAGCCACUGUGGCCCCCCUGCCUAUAACUCCUGUCCCAGGCAGAGCCUCCAAGAUGCCAGCAGUCAGCAAAUCUUCCUCAGAUGCCUUCUUUCUGCCUUCAGAGUGGGAGGAGGAUCCCUCAGGGCCCUAAGUCACCAGCACCAGAGCCCAGCUGCCCAGCUUAACCACAUCCAUGCUCAGGUUCACAUAAUGGCUAUCUGUGUGUGGUCAGACCUGCUUUCUAUCCACCUGAGCCUCUGUGAGUGAGGGCUGACUGGGAAACAGCAGCCUUCCCCUCCUCUGUUUCAGUGCUGUCCCACUCCUCAAGUCGGGAAGCGACACCCGAGCCUGUCCCUUCUCCAGCAAGGACUCUCAUUUUCUUUUGAAUCAUUUGAUACUGUUUACACAGGUGAAGAUUAAACACCCAGUAAGCUUCCACCAUUGUUAGGAGCAUUCCUGACCCAGAAUUUCUUCUUGUAGCUCUGUGUAAGCAGGUGGAUGAGGUCAUAUCACCUUUGGUAAACAGGACCUCAGGAACAAGGAUGAGGUUUUCAAAGCUCAUAAAAAACAAGUAGGAUUGAAAUCCAAGCCUCAUUUCAGAGCCUGUGCCCUUCCCACUACACCACCAGGCGUGAGCCUCCAAAAAGACAAGUGCUUGGUACCUACAUGCAAAGUGUGUGUGUUGCCGGGUGGGAUGGCUGCCAUACAGCCCAGAACAGGGGAGAGGAUGGCGUAAAAAAGACCUACUCCUUUCCUGUUACUCUCUCCCCACACGUACCAACCUUCCUGUUGCUCCCUCCAUCCACAGAAUAAUAGCUACCAUUUAUAAAAUGUUUACUCUGGGCUGGGAGCAGUGGCUCACACCUGUUAUCCCAACACUUUGAGAGACUGAGGUGGGAUGAUCACUUGAGGCCAGGAGUUCGAGACCAGCCUGAGCAACACAGUGAGACCCCCCCCAUCUCUACAUAAGAAAUACUUUU